ACAUGCCAGUCACAAUUCAUUACUUCGAGAAAUCUAAAUAAAAUCGACAUCUGGUACACCAAAUGUUCAGUUUCAAUGAAAUGUUAUUAUAUACACAUCGUAGUGUGUAGAUAUUUAUAAAAAAAAUUCCACACAGUGAUUCUACUUAUUCGCCAUCGCUGUAUCUAUUUACUGUGAUAAGAUAAACGAGAUAACGUUAUACGUUUCAACACUAGUGUUCAUUUUUUUUAUUCUACAGACGAAAAUGAGUUUCUUUAGAAGGCUAGGGAAAAAUGAAGAUACUAUGACGAGAUACACCAAUGCAGAUUUUGCAGAUGAUGAUAGUGUAAAUAGCGUUCAACUAAACGAAGGUAUUAGUAGCAGCACGACCCAUAUUCGUUACCAUGCCGGUAGUACGAUUUGGAAAUUAAGAUCCCCAUUAGAAAAAGUUUUAUUAAUUCUAGUUGGAAUAUUGCUUUUUACUAUAUUUAUAUUAGCUAUUAUUUUACAUAUAACUGAGCACAAAUUAGAAAAUACUAAGGUAAUUCCGACUGAUACACCUGGACCUUGCUUGAACAAAUCAUGCAUUCAUAUAUCUAAUAAUAUCCUAGAGGCAAUGGAUACUUCGAUAGAUCCAUGCGAUGAUUUCUAUUCGUAUUCUUGUAAAGGAUGGGUGCAAGCAAAUCCCAUACCAGACGCUAAAAGUACCUGGGGUACAUUUAUGAAAUUAGAACAACAAAAUCAACUUAUUAUCAAAAGAGUACUCGAACAAUCGAUGGAUACGUUAAAAUCAAAGGCUGAGCAAAAAGCGAAAAUGUAUUACGAAUCAUGUUUGGAUGUGAAUGAGACUAUGGAAAGUUUAGGAGCUACACCCAUGAUUGAAUUGUUGAAAAAAUUAGGUGGAUGGAAUAUUACGGAUAGCGGAUUCGAUAUAAACACUUGGACUCUACAGAAUAUCACGCAAAUUAUACAAAAUAAAUAUAACAUAGGAGGUCUAUUUUCAUACGCAGUUGGAGAGGACGAUAGGAAUUCUACUAGACACGUUUUACAAAUAGAUCAAAGUGGAUUAACUUUGCCUACGAGAGAAAAUUACUUAAACAAAACUAAAGAACACGUCAAAGUCCUCAAUGCAUACUUAGAAUACAUGACCAAGGUUGGGAUUUUAUUGGGAGGUAACCCAAAUACAACAAGAAAACAAAUGCAAGCGAUAAUAGACUUUGAAACAAAAUUAGCAAAUAUCACCACCCCCAACGAAUUACGUAGAGACGAAGAAAAAUUAUAUCAUUUGAUGAAAAUAGGAGAUUUACAACUAAAAGCACCAUUUAUAGAUUGGAGAAGGUUUUUCGAAGACGCUAUGAGAAUAGUGAGCAAAAAAAUUACUAAUAAAGAAGAAGUUGUAGUUUAUGCACCGGAAUAUUUAGGAAACCUAACCCAACUUAUAAAAGAAUAUAACAAAACUACAGAAGGUAAAAUUGUACUGAACAAUUACAUGGUGUGGCAAACGGUGAGAGUGUUUACAGUGUGUCUUUCUAAAGCAUUUAGAGACGCUUAUAAAGGAUUAAGAACUGCGUUAAUGGGAACCGAAGGAGGCGAAGAACCACAAUGGAGAUAUUGCAUACAAGAUACCAAUUCAGUAUUAGGAUUUGCUAUUGGAGCGAUUUUUGUGCGAGAAGUUUUUGAUCAAAACUCGAAAAUGCAAGCCGAAGAAAUGAUCAAUAACGUCAGGAAUGCUUUCAAAACGAAUUUCAAAAAUUUAAACUGGAUGGAUGAAGAAACAAGAAAAGUAGCUAUCGAUAAAGCUGAUGCUAUCUCAGAUAUGAUAGGUUAUCCUGAAUUCGUGAAAGAUGUACGUUUAUUGGACGAAAGAUUCGAAAAAUUAACCAUCAGACCGAACGCUUAUUUCGAAAACAACAUUCAAAUCAGUUUUUUUAACCUAAAAAAAAAUUUGGAAAAGAUCAACGAACCAGUUAAUAAAACUACUUGGAGUAUGCCUCCGUCGACGGUGAACGCUUAUUACACUCCAACAAAAAACCAAAUGGUCUUCCCAGCUGGUAUUUUACAAAGUCCUUUUUACGAUUCAUCUUUUCCACCGAGUUUGAAUUACGGAGGAAUGGGUGUCGUUAUGGGGCAUGAAUUGACCCACGGUUUCGACGAUCAAGGUAGACAAUUUGACAAAUAUGGGAAUUUGAAUCAUUGGUGGAAGAAUAAAACCAUAGAAAAAUUUAAACAAAGAACUAAAUGUGUUGUCGAGCAAUACGAUAAAUACACAAUCAACGGUAAAAAUAUCAACGGAAACCAAACUUUAGGUGAAAAUAUAGCAGAUAACGGAGGUUUGAAAGCAGCUUAUCACGCUUACUUACAAUUUAUGAAGCACCGACCAGAACCACCACGACUUCCUGGUAUUCCUUUGAACCAUAGACAAUUAUUUUUCGUUGCGUUUGCUCAGGUGUGGUGCUCAACGGUAACCAAAGAGGCGACGGCGUUGCAAAUAGAAAAAGAUUCGCACUCCCCCGCCCCUUUCAGAGUGAUAGGUGCUCUGAGCAAUCUCAAAGAAUUCAGCGACGAAUUCCAUUGCAAACCGGGAUCGAAAAUGAAUCCGGUAAAAAAAUGUGAAGUUUGGUAAUUUGUUUUUUAAUAGGAAAUCGAUUGCAUUGAAAGUGCAAGUGAAUCGAAAGGCUUUAUUUAACUGUAACAAGUACAUCGUCUUCUAUUUUCACCUAGAACUCGAAGUAAUCCAUUUUGUUGCAAAAUUAUCUUUUCUCGAGUUCAUUUAAAUAAUUUUUUAUUGAACGAAUAUCUGAGAAAACUCUAUUUAUAACAAUUAUUUAAAUGGUAUGUUUCGUUUGCAUCUACGUCCGUAUGUUAUUUAUUGAACAGAUGAAAUGGAAAAUAGAAAAGAUUUAGAAACAGAACGAGUUCAAAAAUUCGUAAACUCAAAAUUAUCCUUAAUUUGAAAUAAUCAAAAUCUUUCUUUUGAUCACCAGUUCAGUUGAGGAAGCUUUUUUCGCUUGAACAAAUUGAAGAACUAUUUAAGACCGAUUUUACCUCAAAAGUACAUAAUUAUAUAUAUACAUAAUAUACCUUUAAAGGAUUCUUUGCAAUUAAAAUAAUUUAUAACUUCAAUUUUCAAAUUAACAAGUUUUAUCGAUAAAAAAUAUAAUUCAAAUAAUCAGUUAGUUGAGGUGGUGAUCGACGAAUAGCUUAGCAAAUCUGUAAACCCGCCAUUGCACUACACCUUCAGUCUCUGAAGACGAUAACUUGGUUAUCGAAACGUGCGUAACAAGCUAUGAGAAUGAACUAGUUCAAAUCUUAUUAAUGCCGGUGGCAUCAUCGCUUUCUAAUUGUUUCAAUUUGUUCUUCGUUAUUUUGGUGCCUUCAUUUGUGCUUGUACUAUUUUUAUAAAUACAGUUUCAACUCUAUGUAACGACUCUGAAGAGACUGUACAUUUAAUGAUUUCAUAGAGUUGUCAGUAAAUAAAAAGAAGCAAAAUCAGAAUUAGAAAAAGCAAAAGUUCAUUCCAGACUAAUUAAUAGCUUUGAAGGUACAUAAAAAACAAUCUUAUUUGAAGGCUAUUGCAUAUUGUUUGACGUCUAUUGCUGCAGCAGUAAUUUUACCCUUUUUUUUUUACUUAUUUCAUUUAUAUUUAUGAUUUUUAAUUCUUCCAGAGCUUCAUUGAUACUCGACUCAACCGUCUUUAUCUCCUUGUUCUUAAUCUUCUGUUUUCCUAACUGAUUGUAACAUUUUCGUGAGCGAAUCUAUUGUAAACAAGCAGUCUUCUAUUUCAAAGUAGUUUUGAAUAUUUCUUAUGAAAAUUCCUGCCGUUUUGAAUCUACUCAGUUAAUGAGAGGUCUCAAUUGUCACAAUGUACUAUGUCAGAUUCUUAUUCUGAAUCCCCAGAUUCAAUUUUAUGAAAACUGUCUUCACUUUCUGCAUCGUUUAUGUCCGAAUCUGUUUCGUGAACUGUUGUUGUCCUCUCGUCAGUUAUCGGUUCAUCUUCAAUGCCAUUCAAGGAAUCUAAUACAUAUCUUGCGACAUUGAGUCAUCUUGGUGACAAAGGAACUACUUUUACAAUAAUUUACCUCAUUCCAGAGGUUCUUAAAUUCCCAUACUCAACCGUUGAAUCUUCUUUAUCUCCAUGUUCUUAAUCUUCUGUUUUCCUAUCUGAAUUUAACAUUUCCAUGAGCGAAUCUAUUGUAAACAAGCAGUCUUCUAUUUCAAAGUAGUUUUGAAUAUUUCUUAUGAAAAUUCCUACCGUUUUGAAUCUACUCAGUUAAUGAGAGGUCUCAAUUGUCACAAUGUACUAUGUCAGAUUCUUAUUCUGAAUCCCCAGAUUCAAUUUUAUGAAAACUGUCUUCACUUUCUGCAUCGUUUAUGUCCGAAUCUGUUUCGUGAACUGUUGUUGUCCUCUCGUCAGUUAUCGGUUCAUCUUCAAUGCCAUUCAAGGAAUCUAAUACAUAUCUUGCGACAUUGAGUCAUCUUGGUGACAAAGGAACUACUUUUACAAUAAUUUACCUCAUUCCAGAGGUUCUUAAAUUCCCAUACUCAACCGUUGAAUCUUCUUUAUCUCCUUGUUCUUAAUCUUCUGUUUUCCUAUCUGAAUUUAACAUUUCCAUAAGCGAAUCUAUUGUAAACAAGCAGUCUUCUACUUCAAAGUAGUUUUGAAUAUUUCUUAUGAAAAUUCCUGCCGUUUUGAAUCUACUCAGUUAAUGAGAGGUCUCAAUUGUCACAAUGUACUAUGUCAGAUUCUUAUUCUGAAUCCCCAGAUUCAAUUUUAUGAAAACUGUCUUCACUUUCUGCAUCGUUUAUGUCCGAAUCUGUUUCGUGAACUGUUGUUGUCCUCUCGUCAGUUAUCGGUUCAUCUUCAAUGCCAUUCAAGGAAUCUAAUACAUAUCUUGCGACAUUGAGUCAUCUUGGUGACAAAGGAACUACUUUUACAAUAAUUUACCUCAUUCCAGAGGUUCUUAAAUUCCCAUACUCAACCGUUGAAUCUUCUUUAUCUCCAUGUUCUUAAUCUUCUGUUUUCCUAUCUGAAUUUAACAUUUCCAUGAGCGAAUCUAUUGUAAACAAGCAGUCUUCUAUUUCAAAGUAGUUUUGAAUAUUUCUUAUGAAAAUUCCUGCCGUUUUGAAUCUACUCAGUUAAUGAGAGGUCUCAAUUGUCACAAUGUACUAUGUCAGAUUCUUAUUCUGAAUCCCCAGAUUCAAUUUUAUGAAAACUGUCUUCACUUUCUGCAUCGUUUAUGUCCGAAUCUGUUUCGUGAACUGUUGUUGUCCUCUCGUCAGUUAUCGGUUCAUCUUCAAUGCCAUUCAAGGAAUCUAAUACAUAUCUUGCGACAUUGAGUCAUCUUGGUGACAAAGGAACUACUUUUACAAUAAUUUACCUCAUUCCAGAGGUUCUUAAAUUCCCAUACUCAACCGUUGAAUCUUCUUUAUCUCCUUGUUCUUAAUCUUCUGUUUUCCUAUCUGAAUUUAACAUUUCCAUGAGCGAAUCUAUUGUAAACAAGCAGUCUUCUACUUCAAAGUAGUUUUGAAGAUUUCUUAUGAAAAUUCCUGCCGUUUUGAAUCUACUCAGUUAAUGAGAGGUCUCAAUUGUCACAAUGUCCCAUGUCAUUUUCGAAAAUUUACAAAACAACUUAUCGUUUUGGUCAAUUCUAUUCCAGAAUGCUAACAGAUAUUGUCAGUUAAGAGAAUCGACAUCAAUCUUCUUCAUCUGAAUUCUAUUCUUAAUUACCAGAUUCGGUUUUGUGAAGAUUGAGACAACUGGAGUCCGUUGUUGAGGAGGCUAAGGCCCACACGGGGCUUCAUUGACGCAUAGUUAACUACAUACCAUACCGACUUGUUACGUUGUUCUUCAAACAUUUUGAAUAUGUGUUCCUUUUUUCACGUAUUGUAGAACAAUAGUCACUUCUGAUUUAUUUAUUCUAACAUUCGAGUUUUUGAAAAGAUUCAAUUUGUUAUGGAGCUUCUACUUCAUUCCAUAAAUUCAAUAAAUCCUCGGAUUGUGUGCUAAAUCGUCCUCUAUCUAUCUACACUUUAAAUUAAAUCAAAUUUUAGUAAAUUUAUGGUGAUUUUAUUGUUUAUAUGCGCUGAUAAGUUUUUCUUUGAUAUUUUUAUUGCGUGUUCACAAAUAUCCCGGUUAUCUUUCUGGAUUUCUGGAUCUUUGGUAUGAAUUUGAAGGAGAAAUGUAUCGGAAUUGAAAGGUGUCACAAAUGAAAUUCUAGACAACGAUGCGUUCUUUAUUUUUCAACUAUUAUUACGAAAUGUUUCUUAUAAACUGAAAUAGGUAAAUAAAAAAUAAAUUUCUAGUCUAUGUUAAAUUUAACAUUGGCUUUGAUUUUUUCUAUUUACACGUAUAAAAAGUACCUGUUAUAAUAUAGGGAUGUAGAUUCAUGAUUACUAGUUACACAUUACUUUAAUAUUUUGUAUAUAUACUUCCAAAAGCGACCAAAUUCAAAUAUUUUCCAAGUAGAAUACCGAAAUUCAUACACAGAGUGUAUAUAUGAAGAAAUUUUUAUAAAAUUUCGUUAAUUUAAUACAUGCUUUUGAAUAUUUACUGUAUAUUUUACACUCUAUUUAUGAAUUUAUUGUAACUUUUUUAUUACAUAUUUUACAUCUAGUUUGGUUAUAAGGUAUAGUAGAAAUAUCGUUCAUAGAAUAUGUCUUAAUCAUACCAACAUUUUUCACUAAUAGAUCAGGAUCGAUAAUUUUCGAAAUCAAAAAAAUAUAAUAGAAGGAUGAAAUUCAUUGCAAAAGAAGAAAAAUAUGAUAAAAAUAAAAGGAAAAAUGAAUUUCACGCGAUCUGAAAUCGGGUUGGGAAAGGGGGUGAGUUUUUAAAGGUACAAAACAGUUUAUCUCGAUUUCCGGGAAAAUUGCGAGUCCUACGGAAAAAAAUUUAAUGACAAAGUUGUAGUUAAUAAAAAGAUCUACAACUUUUGUAUUUUGAGUUUUUUCAAAUAAUCUCAAAAUCAAAGAAAAAAAUUCAAAAAACCAAGUCUUUGGUUUUUUAUUUUUUUCUUUUACAAAAAACUUUUUUCCCGAAAUUUUGUGAAAAGUUAUCUUUUUAUGUCCCAUAUACAUUGUAAUUUAUUUGAUUGGAAAUAUUUUAUUUUUCACUUUAUUUUGUCAUAAUAUAUAAAAAGCACCCAAAUUUUUGAACGAAAAUUCUUCCGUCAAAAUAAAAAUUCAUUGUGACUUUGGUUUGAUGAAAUCUCUAUUUUUUUAUGGUGUAAAAAAUAUUACCAUGACCAUGGUAAAUUUUCUCAGAAAAAGCAAAAAAAAAGACGAAAAAACCUUGCAUCCCAAUAUUUUUUCAUUACGUACAAUUUUUAGUUACUUAUUAAAUGUUUCAAUUCUAAUUAUAUAAAAAAUUUGAGAUUCCGAACAUAAGUGAUUAAGAAUCAAAAAUUUUAUUAUAAUAUCUAAAAAUUGUACAUAAUGAUUAAAAAAAAAUUUCGAAUGGAAAUUUCUUCGUCUUAUUUUUGCCUUUUCUAUGAAAGUUUACCAUGGUGACGGUAAUAUUUUUUUACACCAUCAGGAAAUAGAGAUUUCAUCGAACUAAAGUCACAAUGAUUUUUUAUUUUGACGGGAGAAUUUUCGUUCAAAAAUUAGGGUGCUUUUUCGAUAAUUUGACAAAAUAAAUAUUUCGAAUCAAAUAAAUUACAGUGUAUAUGGGACAUACAAAGGUAACUUCGUUUCGUGAAAAAAAAUGUUUUUUGUAAAAGAAAAAACAAAAAACUCGGUUUUUUGAAUUUUUCAUUUUAAUUUUGAGGUUAUGAGAAAAAACUGAGAAUACAAAAGUUGUAGAUCUUUUUACUAACUACAACUUUGUCAUUCCUUUUCCAUUGGACUCUACUUUUUUCGGAAAUCAAGAUAAAUCGUUGUUUACCAUUAAAAACUAACCCCCUUCAAUUUUCCAACCUCAGAUCGCCCGUAAAUUAUUUUUCCCUUCAUUUUUAUUAUAUUCUUAUCCUUUUCCAAUAGGUUUCAUCCUACUAUUUUUUUUUUUCAAUUUUUAUUAUUUUUAAAGGCUUCUACCCUGGUCUAUAAUUGUUUUUUAAAGAAUUAUUGGAGACGUUUAUUGGCUUUACUAUAUAAAACACACUGUAAGUGUGAUGUUGUUAAUAACUGAUGGGAAAUACUUUUGCCUGGCUAGGAUUUCGAAAGUUUCUUGCUAUUUUGACUGUUUUUCUACUAAUUUUAUUAACAGUCAUUCACCAUCAAGUUUAAAGAAGGUGGAAAAAUCUGAUGAAUAUACAGGGUUAACAAUUCGUAACUUUUAUAGGGAGAACCUGUACAAUCUAAAGAUAGCAAAUAUGGUUUUUUAAUAGUUUUUUUUUUAACUCGAUAAAAUUUACGAUUUUUAAUUAAUUGAGCUGGAUACUGUCGAACAUCGCGUUACUUACAUGAGGAAAAAAUUAGAACGUAGAAAAAUUUUGUUGCUUAAUCUACAACUUAUUAAAUAAAAAGGUACGUGAAAGGGGUAAGGAAGUAAAAAGAAUCCUAUUAAUAAUUGUCAUUGAUGCGUUAAAUUAUAGUUAAAUUUUACGUACGCUAGUUGUGGGAUCAGCAUCAACUAGCUCUAAAGCAUAUUUUGAUCUGAAAUUGAUGUUCAUAUAGUAAGUUGUUGACCUUCGCCACCUUUUUUUGGUAGGACACUUUCUAAAAUAUCAUUUUAUAAAAAAUAAUGUCAAUAAAUGUCUAUAUAUGACGAACGGUUUCCUUGGAAUGUACAACAAUCUAAAAGUCUAAAUAUAUUCUAAACCAUAAAUUUUAUCGAGUCAAACAAGUAGUAUCUCUAAUUAAAACAAAACGAUUAAAAAAAUCUUUUUUGCUAUUUUUAGAUUGUACAGAUUGUCCCUGUAAAAAAUACGGUUUAAUAACCAUUGGGCAUGAACCGCCUCUGCCCUUCAGAUAGUAGUGUACAAUUAUUUAUUCCGUAAAACACACUAAAUAGACAAAAGUAAUCAUCCAUUAAAAAUUCAUAAUUUUCUAAUGCAUAAUUUAGAAAUAUACUUAAAUGUAAGUUCUGGGAAACGUAUAAAAAAAUUUUUAUGUCACGGCAUUAUUUUCACGUCAUCCACUCACUCCAGAAGUUUUUGCAUCAAGUCCUUGAACACACCUAUAUCAAUAAUUUUUAUGUUUAUAAAUCGUCUUCAUUUUAGGUCUGUUCUGAUUUAAUUUGGCAUAAAAUUUUUGAAUAUGUAUAUGUAUACAGUUUGUCCCUUCUGUAACUGAAAUUGAUGAAACAUUCUCAAACACUGAUUAGGCCUAAGGUUAAUUUCUUUAUGCAGGGACAUUCUGUAUAAUAAAUGUCUCAUUGUCUCCGUAAUCCUUCCGAUUUUUAUUUUUUAUUAAAUAUUGUUGAAUCAUGUAUAUGGAACAAUCUCAUAUCAGCUGUUACCUAAUCCUUCUUAUUUUUUGGGUUAUUAAAAAGGAAGAAGAAUAUUUGUGUAAAACUGUGUAUAUUUUUUACUGUGAUAAAAUACAUGUAAAUAUUUAGAAUA